CCCGCAAGCGUGAAAGAGGUCAUAGCUGGUCAGGUGAGUCUUGAUCAAAGCGUCAAGGAUGCUGAAGACAGCGAUGUUCAGAGGAGGAGGGGGGAAUGUUUGCAACUUUGCUACUGAGAGGAGUCUUGAACGUUUGGGAGGUCCAGCUCGUCUCCCUCCUCAUGUGACGCUCGGUAGCACAGGCGCGAGCACGACGUACUGCCUCAGCGGAUACCUGGAGAGCAGGGAUUUGAUGCCGGUCGCUAACCCUUUUCCAAUUUGGUCAUCUUUACAUCUCGCGCUGUCCCUUGUGAACCAGGAACGAGAAGUCUUCGUCCUUUCAGACGGCUCGGACAAUGAAGAGGAUAGGCCACCUGCCCAGCCUUUGGCUGCGGAUGUAUACAAUGGCAAUGGCGCAGGGCCGGGUUCAGCAUACAAGACAUCGCGGGGCUAUGCUGGACAGACCCGAACACGGGCACGACCAGAGGCCGGCGACGUCUAUGCGGCAGCCCCCAAGGGAAAGAGGAAGGCGGAGGAGGAGUACGGUUCGUACAACUCUGUUGCAGCAUCCACUGCUGGCUCCAUCACAUCAAUUCGGGAAGCAGAAGCUGCUCAGAAACGCAGGCGAAAGGACGAUCCGUACAUCCACGCGCAGCACACUGGCCAUACUUCACACCAGCAGCCCGACGCUUAUGGAAGCACAGCCUAUCAUGAGCAAGUCCCAGCGAUGUCGGGGCUUGCAGUACAGGACCCAGGAUACGUCUCAAAGACAUCACAAGCGAGGAGUCGCAACUAUGCACCUCAGCUACCAGUCGACGACAAAGAAGGUCACUUCAUCGUGCGCAAAGGUGAAAAUGUGACAGAAAGAUACAAAAUCAUGCAGCAAUUGGGUCAAGGCACCUUUGGCAAGGUUGUCGAAUGCUGGGACCGGCGUGAGCAAAAGUUCGUCGCGAUCAAAAUCAUUCGCGCUAUUCAGAAGUACAGGGACGCAAGUCAGAUCGAGAUUCGAGUACUCAAGCUUUUGCGGCAGCAAGAUCCCAAGAACGAAAACAAAUGCAUCCACCUGAUUGAGACAUUCUCAUACCUCAAUCACGUGUGCAUUGUCUCGGAGCUUCUGGGACAGAGCGUUUUUGACUUCUUGAAGGAGAACCAAUUUGCUUCGUUUCCCCCUCGGCAUAUAUGGUCAUUCGCCAGACAAUUGUUGCAAAGCGUUGCGUUCUUGCAUCGGUUGAGCCUGGUCCACACCGAUCUCAAGCCGGAAAACAUCUUGCUGGUGGACAGCAGCUACGAGAAUGUAGCCACGACCAAGCGAGCAAACGCAAAAAAGAAGCGCGUCUUGAACAACUCCGAGAUUCGCCUCAUCGAUUUUGGAAGUGCGACAUUCAACAAUGAGUACCAUUCUCAAGUCGUCUCGACCCGGCAUUACAGAGCGCCAGAAAUCAUCUUGCAAAUGGGCUGGUCAUAUCCGUGUGACGCAUGGUCUAUUGGCUGCAUCUUGGUCGAAUUCUACACUGGUGACGCGCUGUUCCAGACGCACGACAAUCUCGAACAUCUUGCGAUGAUGGAGGUUGUACUUGGGCCCAUGCCUGAGCAGUAUCGCCGCAAGGCCGAGACAUAUCGACCAGACUUUUUCCACAAUCAGAGACUCAAUUGGCCCAACAAAGAGACAACACCGCAGUCCAGACGGUACAUGAAGCGCAUGAAGCGACUGCAGGAAAUCGUCAGCGGCCCCGUCGGUUACAAGAAGCACAACGACAUGUUCUUGAAUUUGCUGCAGAGACUACUCGAAUACGAUCCGGAGCGGAGGAUUACGGUUGCGGAAGCACUCAAGCAUCCUUACUUUUCCUUGGUCGAUUCUGAGUUUCCGGGUCCAGCAUGCACCCAUGUCACACGACCAGGCAUCAACCCUCCUCAGUGAAUCGGCAUCACUUGACAAAUCAAUCCCAACUUGCAACGUCGGGCGCUCCGUCCAAAAGUCAUCGGUAUGCUCUGCUUUGCUCUUCAUCACUGUUAUGCCACGGACCUCAAGGCCCCUUCACUGUGGAGCUUCUGGCGGUAGACUAUCGCGCGAGGUCUUCCGCCUGCCUCCCUGUUGCGCGCACUGCACCUUCCUCUACCUGGAGCAACCGUCAUUCUAUGCUAUACUCAUGUUCCAGUACCCUUCCCGCUCUUCCCAGCUCCACCUUGUCUCGGCUCAUCUGCUCGCUCGCCAUGUACUGAAAUGUAACGCGUUGCUGCUACG